UCCUCCGUUUUGCAAACGCAUCGCAUACGCAAGUUACUUCAUUUUGGCUAAUUCGCUUUGUUUUUGUAACACGUUCCGCUUUUGGAAAAAAAAUGUUAUUUUUAUCACAGUAAUGGAGAAGAAAAGGCGAUUUACAGUUUUAGAUGUUCAUGAUGAGCUAUUUAGGCUUAGCGACGAGGAAGGUGAGAGCGAUGACGGUUCCAUGGCUGCUAGCAUGGAUUCUGCUGAGCAAGACGCUUUUGAGUUUGGAAUCGAUGCCGUGCUCGAUGCACCUGAAGAAAAUUCCCCCUCCCCUCCCCCAUCUGAGAGAUUUCACACUUCUUCUGGCCCACCCCCAGAGCCAUCAGCUUCUACCCCCUGCCAAUCUGUGGACACUCCUCACACCUCAGGACUGCGUCGUCACAGAGGCAGCAGGAGCACAAGCCCACCCCAAGCAAAGAAAAAACUGUCAACACCGAAAGGUGCCAAAAGGAGCAGAAGAGCUCCAGCAAUACCACCACCUGCAACACUAGAGGACAGAUGGCAUGACGCGUCGGAGGAAGAUGAGCAGCCUCCUCCGUUGCAGUUUCGCCCCAGGAGGACCCCAGGAGUUCAGCUGGAUUUUCAGAAGGACUACAGCCCUUCUGAAGUCUUCCAGCUGUUCUUCAGUCAAGAAGUGCUCCUGACCCUGUGCAAUAACACCAACAAGUAUGCAGCAAAGAGAACAGAGAAGGGCUUGAAGAGGCAGUGGACUGACAUCAAUGCUGACGAAAUGCUUCGCUUUAUCAGCAUUGUAAUUUAUCUUGGACUAAUGAAGCCUUCAGCUAUUCGGGACCUGUGGAGGAAGGAUCAUUUGCACAGCCUCCCAUUUCCUCCUUCAGUUAUGACUGGGAAGCGGUAUGAGGCCAUCAGUGCAAACCUGCACAUGAGUGACCCAGCAGCAGAUGCCAUCAAUGAUCAGCUUAGAGGUCAACCUGCCUAUGACUGUCUCUUCCGCCUCAAGCCACUUAUGGAACAGAUCCUGACUGCCUGUCAAGCACAUUAUCAGCCACACCAGAACAUUGCCGUAGACGAAAGGAUGGUGGCCACCAAUAAUCAUAGAACAAAAAAAAGUACACAGUCAAGUUAUAAAACAGUAAAAACAUAAGGAUAAAGCACUGGAUAUUAAAAUUAUAAAACCUGCUAAUACUGAGUGUACAAUAGAAAAAGUAGUUAGAGGGAUCAAACUUUAUGAUAUUAAAAAAAAAGUUUAUGAACCAUGUAAUUUUCAGACUCCCCACCUGAGAUGGAUUAUGCAGAUCUGUGCCCUUCAGAGCUAUUAGACUGAAACAGGUCAAAAGCAUUUAUGACAGGCCUCACCCCACACGAUCAACACAAUGCUGAGCUGGGAUUUGACCUCGCCAUUAAGAUUUGUAUUCUAGUGUUCAUCCUCUUCACUGGAUGUUAAAAAUAACCGCUGGCUAUAUGCACAGUAAAUGGGGGAAGUGUGACUUGUGUGUCACCUAGAGGAUUUCUUAAUUGUUAAUAUUUUCUAAAACAUUCCACCAUUAAUUAUUGAUCUUAAAUAAUGAUAUUCUUCCAUUCCACUGAAACUUAUAUAUAUAAAAAUAUUUUAUAGUUAAUUUUGAUCACCUGGCAAAAAAGUGUAUAUACUCAGCAAAAACCAUCACAAAGGCAAAGUUCCUUCAAAAAUGAUUCAGUCAUCAAAAUAGCUUUAAACAAAAAUCAAACAGUAAAAUAAAGACAAAUGCAACUUUUUGUAAUUAAUUAAUAAUUUGGCUAUGCCCCUCCAAGCUCAUUUUUGAACGCUUUGUACUUGUUCACUUGGGUAACACUAGUUAUCUGAAAUUGUACACAUAGCACAAUUACCAUUCAGGAUUCAAACUGAAGCAGACACUGGGGCAGGAUAUCCAUUCCCAUCCAGGCUUAUUUUUCCAUCAUUUAGGUUCCAUUUGAGCUCAUGUAAUACAAAAGAAAAUGUCAAA